GCACUGCUAUGGACCGCCCAGAGUCACAUCAGGUCGACGAAGAACUGUUCGCAAAAGAAUCACGUGUGGUGAAAAAGGUUGGUGACCGAAAUGUGCGUGUCUAUAAUCUACCGCAGCGAUCAAUCCGCUUCAUCAAAGAUCUCGUGACAACGUUGGUUGAAGAACAGUGGCGCUACCUGUUGACGGUGUUCGUGGCCAGUUAUGUGGUCAGUUGGACGUUGUUUGGCGUUCUCUGGUACGUCCUGUCGUAUGCUCACGGAGACCUGGAGGUAGAUCCGGAAACCGGUGGCCCGCUGUCUACCGGUGUGCCACGCUGCGUGGACGGUGUGUUCUCCUUCCUGGACUUUUUGAUAUUCAGCAUGGAAACGCAAAUUUCGACCGGGUACGGGGCCAAGGUGCCAACCGAAGAGUGCCCGGAAACGUUCGGGCUACUCACCAUUCAGCUGAUCGUGGGGCUGGUGAUCGACGGUUCCGUUCUCGGUGUAGUGUACGCGAAGAUGGUCCGGCCGCCGCAGAAAAUCUCCGAGAUGAAGUUCAGCCAGCGGUCGGUCAUCUGCCAGCGGGAUGGGAAGCUGUGUUUCGUGUUUCGUAUCUGCGACCGAAAGUGGCAACACGCGAUUGAGACAAAGGUGUCUGCCGUGCUGCUGGAACCGCGUCGCACUGCCGAGGGGGAACUGAUCGAGAAGCAGGAAACGUAUCUGCCGCUGGAGAACGAUGGACGAUUGAUUCUACUGUGGCCGGUUACCGUUUGUCACGUGAUCGAUCGCACUAGUCCGCUGUACGAGGUGUCGGCUGCCGAUCUGAUGGAGCGCAAAAUGGAAAUUGUUAUCACGAUCACUGGUGGGACGAUGACGACGGGGCAAAUCAAUCAGGCGCGCACUUCUUACUUACCGUCGGAGAUUUACUGGGGGUAUCGGUUCUGUGAUAUUGUCGAGUACGAUUCGCGCAAACAGAGUUACGUGGCCGUUAACGAACGAAUGCACGAUCUGGAAGAAGUAGAAACGCCACUCUGCAGUGCACGCCAGAUGGAUGUGCUGUUGCGAAAGCUUCGCCGGGAUGCGUCCGCCAGCGGUGUAGGUGUCCAGUCACAACCAUACGUCCUUCCAGAAACGGAUCAACACAAUACAGACGCCAAUGGGGAUACUUCAUCCAGUAAGUAGAAUGGAUUAAGCAAAUCCUUUAUGAUGUCUUU